UUGACUUUGCCGGUUGUUGUAAAAUUGUUGUGAAAGUUAUAAAUGCAGGAAAGUAGAAGGUCGGGCACUAUCCUCUGACGUGAAGCUACGGGAUCAGCCAAUGAAAAGUUUCAAAAUAUUGACGCUCGCGAUACCCCCUCCGUUACUAACAAACGCGACAUCCCCUUUUUAAACGCUUGCUGUUAAAAUGCUUGGAUUUUUGUUUCUGUAACUCAUUUUCCAUCACGCGUUUUCUAAACUUACUUCUUCAGUGUACCGUUUGCUCAGAAUUUAACUGGCACUCCAAUUCGUUUUUUAAAUUCACAUCGAUUUUAUUAUUUUAUUGUUAAAAGCAUUUUUUUUAAUGUUAGCAAACUUAUGUAUAAGGGCUUCAGUUUAUUAAGUUAAGGUUAUUUCAGUUUGUACAGUUUCGUCACGGAAGAUGAUUUUUACAUAUUUGUAUAAAAUUUUGCCAAUUCAUACAAUUUCUUAGCAGAUAUUAUACAAUAAUAUUGCAUUUUAAAAAUCUGAACGAACUCACGGUAAGCUGCAAUUCCUGAAAAUAGAAUUUUAUUCUUGCCAUUUUAUAGGUGCAUUCGCUUGACGCAGUUUGUUAGAAAGAGUUGAAUAAUGAGAAUACUGAACUUAAAUUUAUUUGCUAUUUUUAUUGUCUUAAGUCUUGCACCAUGUAUAUCUAUGUCCGAUGUUACAUCGACGCCCACUGUCCUAGAAAAUACUACUACUUCCUCGUCUGAACUAAAAGAAGAUGUGCACAUUUCGGUGAAGAAAUGGAGAAAAGUAGAAGACGUUGUAAGAAAAAUGUCAGCAACAUUUGUGAAAAAUGUUCUGCCUUAUGCCUUGCGAGCAACAGAGAAUUUGAAUUUGUCUUCAAAAUGCACUCGAGGACUAAUGACCAUGCUAAAUGGGAUCAAACAGACUAAAACUUGGGCAUAUAGAAUGAUUGAUGCCUCUGGAAAGAUACCAAACGGUGUAAUGAGUGGGAAUAUAAAUUCACUUGGAGAUUAUGAAGAAUGCUUAAAUGUUCACGUACCGAAUCAUUUCCGAGGUCAGUACUGCCCAGUCAAAUUUUCACCUCCUGUACCAGAAAGACGACCUUUCACUUCAGCUGAUGAUGAACUUCCAGAAUUCGUUAAUGCAACGAGAGACGGUUUGGUAGUAGGUGAAUUUAUGAAGAAAGCUUACUACUAUCAUUAUUUAAGCUUCCGUUCUUCAGUCUGCGUACCGUCUACAUGUUCAGCAGAGGAGGUGCAAAAAAUCGCUGAGCAAGUGAUGGAAAUGAUUGGAAUAGAGUUUGAUGUCAAGGUGCCACACUGCGAAUCAAAAGAAGAAAAAAUAAUGUUUAGCAAAAGCGAAAUAAUCAUAAUAUGUGUUCUAUCUGUGAUAGUCUUUUUGGGAAUCACUGCCACCGUGACAGACGUGAUACUGAGACUGAUGUCAGAAGACGAAUUAUACAAAGAAAAAUUAAGUAUUCUAGUCAAGUGCCUUCUAUGUUUUUCAUUUUAUGCAAAUACCGAACGACUACUGAAGAGCGACAAAUCAUCUGACUCCAUUAAAAUAUUUCACGGCUUUAAAGUGAUAACAAUAUUGUGGGUUAUCCUUAACCACACUUAUCAUUAUCUCAAUUUCUCUGGAUGCAGUGCACUUUUGGCUGCAAGAGAGAAAGGCAAAGAAAUAGCAUUUCAGUUUAUGGCCAACGGAUUCCUAAACGUCGAAACAUUUUUCUUUAUCAGUGCAGUUCUUGUCUCAUAUGGUGUUAUGAAAGGGAAAGAAAGGAAGUUAAAUAUUUUUCUUUAUAUCGCCAGACGACUUUGGAGAUUGACUCCCCCUUUCAUGCUGGUUAUUGCUGUAAUAUAUCUUGUGCCAUAUAUUGGAUCGGGCCCAAUAUGGAAAGAAACAGUUGAGCAAGACUUAACUGCUAAAUGUAAAGCCAAUUGGUGGACAAAUCUUAUUUAUAUCAAUAAUUUUGUGCCAUCUGCUGAUAUGUGUAUGCAGUGGGCUUGGUACAUACCGGUAGAUACUCAUCUGUACUUCCUUAGUCUCAUAGUACUCAUUCCUCUCAAAAG